CACUGUUCUGGAAUGUUCUAGAGACUCCAACUGUUCUGGAACACUCUAGAACCUCCAGGCAAAGGACUGGAACCAGGAUCACAGAGCAUUCCAAGGCCUUCCCAGCCUAGGUGGGGCCAGCCCCCGCUCCAGAACCCGCAGCGGGCCUCAUGUGGAUGUUGGCACUAGGUGGGAUCUUCCUGGCAGCCGCCCAGGCCUGUGUCUUCUGCCGCUUCCCAGACCGUGACUUGUCGGGCCGCCUGGCUCAGCUUUGCAGCCAGAUGGAGGCCCAGUGGAAGGACUGUGAAGUCUCCUGGAACUUCUCGGCCUUUGCCUUAGAUGAUGCAUCCUUGAAAAAAGUCACAGAGAAGACUCACAGAGUCCUGAGGGUCAUGGAGAUCGAAGGGUCUCUCUCCUCACUCCUUUCAUAUUGGAAAUGGCUUCAAAAGACCAAGCUCCCAGAAUACAACAGGGAAGCUCUCUGCGCUCCCGCCUGCCGGGGCAGCACCAUCCUGUACAACUGCUCCACCUGCCAGGGCUUCGAGGUGUACUGCUGGCCCCGAAAGCGCUGCUUCCCAGGUCCUUACUCCCCACCCCUGCCUCACCCCGCCCAGAUCUCUGAGCUGUUAGGCUACCCCAGCAUCGAUGGGUGUGGUCCCCGGGAUCAUUCACUGCCUGCUGGGGUCCCUGCAGGAAGUCACGAUCUUUGGGAAGCCAGGAUUCUGCUGCUCUUUGUCUCUGGAGCCGCCCUCCUCCUGGGUAUUCUGAGCUUCGCGGUGGAGUACUGCCACCUCCAAGCAAAAAGUGACUUGUGAAGACGAGGACACAUCUUAGCCUCCAGUUCUAAGGAGCAUGUGCCCACAACUUCCAUUUCUCUCGUGGGGCGGGGUGGGGGGGGAGGGGGGCAACCAGACCCUUAGUUCCAGCCCCAACGGUUCAGUCUUCCAGACCCUGAUACCCAGACAUCCCCACAAUCCCAGCGUCAGAUGGCGUCCAGGGACCCAGGCACCCACAGCUGGAAAGUUCCUCCCCUCCAGUCCUCAACCAAUCAGACAGAGGCAGUCACCAUGCCAGGAAAAUAUCUACAGAAGGAAAGAAUCCCCUCCAUACACACUCCCACUCCCACACCCCCUUCUGCCUGUUCCCGGAAAGCGGGGGCUGUCUGCCCCAGAAGCUCCUCUUGGCCCUCCUGUGACUGAUUGGGAAUCCGGGAAUGAGUGUUCUGGAAAAGUCCCUCCCCCUAGAGUGAGACCACAUCACUCAGACUGCUGGCAUGCUACCCUUCCAUUUAAUACUGUGAAGGCUCCCACAGAGGCCCAACUAAACCUGUUGUCAAAUGGCCUCGACCUCUGCCUGGCCUCUGUCUGCGACUGGGGAGGGCAGAGGGAGCGCGGGAGCCUCUUGUAGCCCAGUGGUUCUCAGCCGGGGGGGUGGGUGGAUUUUGCACGCGAUGAGACGUUUGGCAAUAUAUCUGGAGACAUUUUUGAUUGUUUUGAUUGGGGGUUUUGAGGAUGUGCUACUGGCGUCUAGUAGGCAGAGACCAGGGACGCCGCGAAAUAUCGAAAAACGCCCGGGAAAGUCCUCCACGACAAAGAGCUAUCGUGCGUGUCCGAACCGUCAGCAGUGUGUGGUUGAGAGACCCUGGUAUUUGGUCCUUUGGCUAUCAGGAGUUUGGGUUUGGGGGAUGGGAGAUGGGACAUGAAAAGAGAGGCCUAUCACCGACCAUAGUCUCAGCCCGAGGACCUGGGCCGGCCUUCACCUAGCGCUGUGGUUUACAAACUGGGUCCCUAGAGGCUCCCAGUUCUCAACCAGCUGGACAUUGGAGUCAUCUGGGCAACUUUAAAAACUACCUGUUGCUGGGCCUCAUCUCCAGAGAUUCUGAGUGUAGUGGUCUCAUAUGGGGCUUCAGUUAAUCUAACUUACAGCCAGGGUUAGAACCACUGUUUGGGGGAUCCAUUAAGGUCCUGGGGAUGGAGAGGGGAACACUUACCCCUCCCAGGAGAACACCUUCUAUUUUGUUCUACACAUUCUAGUCCAGUCCUUUCAUUUUACACCAAAAAAUGAGACCCUGAGAUCACACAGCCAGGUCGUACAACUUGCCCGAGAUCAUACAAUGAUUCAUACAUUCAUUCAUUUGACAAAUACUAAGGGAUUGCCGGUCACAUGCCAGGCAGCGUUGCUGCCCGUACUGGGGUGAGAAACCCGCUCCCGACUGCCCAGGCACCACAGCUCUCCUCUGGUUUGCGGUAGCUGCCUCACACCCUCUUAGGCUGUGCCCUCUUUCCAGGCUCAACAUUUUGGAGCUGUCCUUGUUUUCACACCCAAUGUGCAGUGGGUCAACCGUUCUGUCCACUCCUGAAGGAUCUCUAUCCCAUCUGUCUCCUCCUCCUGCUCUAUGGCCCCCAGCCCACUCUAGAACCCUCUCGUCGUGGACCCCAGUCUCCCAGAUGUGCAUCUGACUCUGCCCACGCCCCUCAAAUCCACUGCACCCUCAGUGGCCACACUGAUCUUCUUAAAACUCCACAUCGCUCAAACAUCCUGUCUAGUAUCAAAUGAUGCUUAAGAACUUGGGCUCUGGAGUUGGGCUGCCCGACUUCAAAUCCUGGCUCUGGUUCUUACUGGACCUUGGGAAAGUCAUUUAAUUUCUCUGUUCCUGUUUCCUCAUGUUUUAAAUGCAGAUCAUAUAUUUCCUUGA